AUGAGUUAUCCAAUUUAUUCAGAUAAAUCAAUUAGAAGAGGAGAUAAUGAUGGAUUAGGAGAAGAUUAUUAUGAAAAAAAUAAAGAUGAAACAUCAUUCACAAGAACUCAAUUAUAUCAACCAGUGAUUCAACCAUUACAUUUCGAUGAAGAUGAUUUAAAUAUCAUUGCAAUGGCAAGUAAUAAUUUAACGACUCAUGCACGUAAAUCAAGUUUAGAAUCACCAAUACCGCCACCAUUACAUAAUGAUAUUGGUUCAAUUAAAAAGAGUAUUAGUACAAAUGGUAAUUCAUUCUCAACAUUAAAUAGGAAUCAAUCAUCACAUGAAUAUAAAUCACCAGGUUUUUAUAGAACGCGUAGUAUAAAUGAUACAUUAUCAUCACAACAACAACAACAACAACAACAACAACAACAACCACCAUUACAACCAUUAACACCUGACCCAAUAAUUAAUAGUGGUUCUGGAUCAUUGGGUAGAUCGAAUCAAUUAAAGAAAACUAGUUUAAUUUUAAAUGAUAUACCAGAGAAUUCAAUAUUGGAAUCACCAUUACCACCACCACCACAAUCUUCAAAUUCAUUUUCAACAUCAAAUAUUAUUACAACAAAUAAAACGCCAACUAAAACACCCAAAACGCCAAAAACACCAAAAACACCAAAAGAUUCUAAAAAAGCUACAACUACUAUAACAACAACCACUUCUACAGCAUCAAUUGAUAAAGAUUUAGCAAAUUUACAUAAUUUAGAAGAUAAAAAACAAUCAUCAUUUAAAAAGAAUUUUAGUUCAUUUAUAAAUGAAUUGAAUGGUGAUUCACCAAUUGCUUUAGUUGUUGAUAAAGAUAAACCAUUUCCAACAACAACAUCAGUAACAACAUCAACUAUUACAACAACUACAAAUGAUGAAAUUGAAAAAGAUAAAUUAAAAGAAUCAAGAACAAUUAAAAAACAUCAAUCAUUAAAAAAAAAUAUUGUACCACCAUUAAAUAUUGAUCCAACUACAGGUUUAAUUCAUGCAAGUAAUAAAUUAUCAAUAUUAAAUGAUAAAGUUGGAGAUACAGGACCAAUACCAAAUGUUGAACAACCAUCAAUGUUUUCAAUUAAAGAUACGACCAAUAUUUUCAAUUAUAAGAAACCAGUGAUUUCAUCGAGUACCAAAGAGUUUAUAGUUUGUUUAAAGAGGGUAUUAAUUGAUAAGGAAAAGAUUAUGGAAAGAAAUGAUCAAUCUCUUAGAACCGUUAUACAUAAACUAUUCUUUACAAUUAAAAAGUUACACCAAGAUGGUAGUUUAAAUAUCCUAUUCGAUGAUUUAAGGUUAAUAACAGAGAUUAUCAUUAGAUCAGGUUAUUUCAUUCAAAUUUUUAGAUCAUUUUUUAAAUUAAUUGACGAAGUUAAAACUUCGGAGGUUUUCUUUAGUUUUCUUUCAGAGUGUCGUCAUAUGGUGGAUAUUAUCAAUUUAAUAAUUAAAGCCGCUGGUCAUGGUAAUGAAACUCAAACUAGAAAAAUGAUUUACAUUGAAGAGGAUCAUCGUAAAAUUCUAUUGAAACAAAUUAAAUAUCUCAUUCAAAUUCUAUUACAAAAUGAAGAGUUAAUUUCAUUGGUUCGUAAUAUUAGUAAUUUAAAGAAACAGGUUGACAUUGCAAAAGAGGAACAAAGAAAAGCAUUUCCCUAUGAUUUAAAAGAGAAUUUAAAGUAUGCACCAUUCACCAAUGAAUUCAUAUGUGCAGCUCAAUCGAUAGUUGGUGAAAAAGUUAAUAUACGUAAUAUCUUUGCAAAUGUAAAUCAAGCGAUAACCUAUAUUGGUAGUAAUAGAAAUUAUAAACGUGUUAUUAAAGAGUUUUCAACCAUCAUUCGUAGAAUCUAUUCAACUGAGGAAUCAAAUUUAACAAUUGAACUUGAAACUCAAACUCGUCAAGCUAUGGAUAGAUUGGAGAUAAUGAUAAUUGAAAUUUGUUCUCUACCAUCAUUGGUUGAGGUUAGAGUACAAUUAACAUUAUUAAUCUCUUCAUUUAUGUCUGACCCAAUCAAUGAAAAGUUAAUUCACGAUAUUAAAGAUCUAUUCAAUAGUUUAAAAUCUGAUAAAAUUGGUAAAAAGAUUGAUAUAAACAUUUUUAGAGAAUUAAAACUAUUGGUAUUCCCAUAUCUUAUUCAUAAUAUUCACAAGAUAUCAAUACCAAAUAUCGUUGGUUUAAAAGAGAGUUCAAAGAAAAAGAUUGAAUAUAGAUUAGAGAAUAUUAAUUUAAUCCUAACUAAAAUCGAUCCAAAUGAUUUAAAAAUCAAAUUAAUUUCUUCGGUUGAAACUGCACCAUUAGUAUUGAAAGGUUGUAUCAAAUCGAUUCUAUCGAUAGAGUUAACAAAUAUUCAAUUUCGUUUGGAUCAAGUAGAAUGGUACUUUAAGAAAUCAUCUUUUCCAAAGAUUAAAGACAAUGGUUUGGUUAAUAUUUCAACUGGUGGUGAUGGUGAUGGUAAAGGUGGUCAUGGUGGUGGUGUUGAUAUUAAAUUGAAGCUAUCUUUCUCUCCAAAGAUAUUGGAUAGUAAACAUUGUUUCCAAAUUUUAAAAUCCAAAUGUAAAAUCAAUGAUAUUCAUAUCAAUAUACUCAAUAGUAAUCAUAAUGGUCUCUAUAAAACCAUCUAUAAACUAUUUAAGAAAAAGAUAAAGAAAUCAAUCGAAGAUGCAAUCUCUGAACAAAUUAAAAUCAAAGUUAUGGAAUUGGAUCAAUAUAUCUAUGAUCUUUUCUUGGCAAAUGAUAAACCAACCGUAGAUAAGAAUUCAAUCAAAAAGUUAAAUAAAAUUAAACGUGAGAAAAUUUUAGAAAGAAUUGUAACAGAAAUUCCAACUUCAAUUAAAUCAUCACGUAGAUUCUCAUUACUCUCUUUCAAUUAUCCAAAUCCAAAUGGUAGUAGUGAUGAUUCACCAACUAAUGUCUCUGGAACUAAUACUCCAAGAUCAACCACUUCAAAAAGAUCUUUAGAUGAUGAAAUUGAAGAAUUCAUUCUAAAAGAACAACAACGUGAACGUUUAGAAGAUGAAGAUAAUUUAAAUAAAAAUUCUUUAGGUUAUGAAUUUAAAUAUGAAUAUAAUUCACCUGCACCAUUUGCAAAAACUGCUUCAAAUUUUCCAAUAACAAAUAAUAAUAAUAAUAAUAAUAAUAAUAAUAAAUCUUCAAAUUCAAGUAUUAAUCCUCCUUCGCCUUCAGUUGAAUCUCAACAAAGAAGAUCUUCUCAACCUGAUUUAUAUCAAUAUGAAAGAAGAAAACAAACUUUUUAA